AUGACCGGCAUUCUGCUCGGCAUCAAUGUCGCACUUGGCACCUCCUACAGAGAUAUCCUCACCGCACCUCCCUACAAUUGGUCUCAAGCCGCAGUCGGGUACGCACAAUCUGGUCAAAUCGCCGUCGCUUUCAUCGCACUCCUCGUACUUGACUGGGGAGAGACAUCAUUGGAUGGCUAUCAUCUUCCCGUACUCGGGUCAAUUCUUCAACUUCUUCGCCAGGGUGCCACUCUUGUCCUGGUGUGCCCCCCAAGAGGAGUCAUCUCGGUUGGAAUGAACUAUGGUCUUGCCAGCAUGAACGCGAGUAUAGGCUAUGCCAAUGAGUGUGGUGUGUGGGCUAGCUUGACGGGAUUCUUUGCCUGCAUGGGGGCCCUGGUUUACAUUUUUGGCAAGAUUAUCAGGCAGACUACUGUCAAGUGGGUUGUGGAUAAGGAGGGUUCUAGACACAUGAGAACUGGAUUCCGAAGAGAUUCCUAGUCCCUGCACAUUUGUUGCUCGAGGUAAUGUAGUGGAUGGAGUUGGAAAGUGGCGAAUGGAGAGGUGUGUCCUCGAACAGGUAAUGACUUGACCUGGAGCUUUGCGGACGUUUGUAGCUUGUGCGUUAGUUUGUGGUAUGCAAUCACACAGCUUCGUCU